CGGGCGGAGGGCCUGAGGGAGGAGGAGGGAGCGCGCAGCGCCUCGGCCGCCCCUGCCGCCGCCGCGGUCGGACCCGCGGCCUCCGCCCUCCCCCUCGCGUCGCCCGCCGGGGAGGGGGCGCGCGUCGUCGCCGCUGGGGAAGCCGCCGCCGCCGCGGCCGCCUGCGAAGAUGGGCGAUUUCUACGACCCCGAGCACCCGACCCCCGAGUGUCUGGUUAUCAUGUUAAGCAGUGUAAAAGGGCCUUAUGACAUGUUGUGCUAUGUGGAAGGUGUCUCCUUUCAAAUCUGUUUCCCCCUGGGAGAAGAAGAAAAUGAGGCAAAGAUUGAAAAUGUGCAGAAAACAGGUUUCAUCAAAGGACCGGUGUUCAAAGGUGUUGCUUCCAGUCGGUUUUUGCCCAAAGGCACCAAGACGAAAGUCAAUCUGGAGGAGCAGGGACGACAGAAGGUGUCCUUCAGCUUCAGCCUUACAAAGAAGACUUUGCCGAACAGGUUUCUGACUGCACUUGGCAACGACAAGCAAAGUGAUACUCCAGCCUCCCCAGCUGUACCUCUUCAAGUAGACUUGACCCCUAAAAUUAAAGUGGACGUUGGCGAGACCGUAUCUACUGCAGAAGACUCUUCCCCACCAAAAUCAAGGGUAGAAUUGGGAAAAAUUCAUUUUAAGAAACAUCUGCUUCAUGUAACAUCCAGGCCACUGCUAGCUACGACCACACCAGUGACAUCACCUCCGCCCACAGUACCGUUACCAGCAGUCAUAGCAGAAUCAACAACUGUAGACUCACCACCUUCAUCUCCACCUCCUCCACCUCCUCCACCCCCCCAAGCCACAAUACCCUCACCACUAGCACCAGUAACAGAGCCAGUGGCCUUGCCACAUGCACCGAUAAUGGUUCUGAUGACAGCACCGGUAGAUACAGCAGUUAGAGCCUUGAAGGAACCACCAGUUACAAUUGAGCCGGAAUCUUCGGAAGUGGACACUAAGCAGGACACUGUAUCUAAUAGUUCAGAAGAACACAUAGCUCCGACUUUGAAUGAGCAAGCACAUCUUCCCUUACAGAAAGAAGAUUCCCAUAUUGGGAAGGAGGAGGAAAGUCCAGAUAGUUCUAAGAGGAGUCUGAGCUUGAGAAAGACAGGUUCUAAGAAGAAACCCUCACAAUCUGAAGGCACCUUUCUUGGUUCAGAAUCUGAUGAAGAUUCUGUCCGGACUUCCUCAAGUCAGAGAUCACAUGAUUUAAAAUUUCCAGCAAGCAUUGAAAAGGAAAGAGAUUCAAAAAAGAGCGUAGCACCUUUAAAAAGUGAGGAUUUAGGGAAAUCUUCCCGAUCUAAAACAGAAAGAGAUGACAAACAUUUUAGUUACUCAAAACUUGAAAGAGAUACUCGGUAUAUGUCCUCUCGCUGUAGAUCAGAGAGAGAGCGAAGGCGAAGCAGAUCUCGUUCUAGAUCUGACAGAGGCUCUAGAACUAGCUUAUCUUAUUCCCGGUCGGAACGAUCCCAUUAUUAUGACUCUGAUCGUCGCUACCGUUCCCCGUAUCGAGAGAGGGCACGUUAUUCUCGGCCGCAUACAGAUAACAGGGCACGAGAGAGUUCUGAUUCCGAAGAUGAGCAUAAAAAGACACACUCAAGGCGCACCUCAUCUCAUUCCUCGUACAGAGACCUAAGGACAUCAUCGUCCUAUUCUAAAUCCGAUCGGGACUGCAAAACUGAAUCUCACUCAGAGAUGGAGAAAAGAGGGAAGUAUUCUUCAAAACCAGAAAGAGAAUCCAGGAGGAUUUCAGAAAAUGAAGCAAUGAAAAGGUGUUGUUCUCCCCUUAAUGAACUGGGAUUCCGACGGGGGUCAUCAUAUUCCAAGCACGAAAACAGUGCUUCCCGUUAUAAACCUGCUCCUUCAAAAUCUAUAUCCAAAUCUGAUAAAUCAAAAAAUUCUUUCUGUUGUGCAGAAUUAACUGAGGAAAUCAAACACACUCAUUCUUUUAGUUUACAGACUCAUUGUUCAAAGGGUAGUGAAGUCAGGGUGAUUAGUAAACUUCCUGAAAGAGAAAAGACGGGAUCUCCUCCUCUAUCAAAUCGAUUAAAUGAUUCACCAUCUUUUAAAAAGCUAGAAGAACCGCCUAUUUUUAAAUCAGAAUUUAUAGGACAUGAUAGCCAUGAUAGUAUUAAGGAAUUAGAUUCUUUAUCUAAAGUGAAGAAUGAUCAGUUAAGAAGUUACUGUCCCAUGGAAUUAAAUAUAAAUGGAUCUCCUGAUGCAGAAUCUGAUUUGGUAACAUUUUGCACUUCUAAAACUGACACUGUCUUGAUGUCUUCUGAUGACAGUGUGACUGGAUCGGAGGUAUCCUCUUUGGUCAAAGCAUGUGUGUUUUCAUCAAAUGGAUUUCAGAACAUUGACAGUUGUAAAGAAAAAGACUUGGACGAUACUUGCAUGCAGUGUAGUAAGGCAGAAAGCCCAUUUAGAGAAGCAGAACCUCCGGUGUCACCACACCAAGAUAAACUCAUGUCGUUGCCUGUUAUGACUGUAGAUUACUGCAAAACAGUAGUUAAAGAACCAGUUGAUAUGAGAGUUUCUAGCUGUAAAACCAAAGAUUCAGAUGUGUAUUGUGCUUCAAAUGACAACAACCUUUCUUUGUGUCAUUCUGCAGCUGAAGAUACUGAGCCUCCAGUUAGGAAGAUUUCUUCAAAUAGCUUUAUGAAUGUACAUUUGAAAUCAAAAACAGUUAUAUGUGAUAAUAGAAGUCUGACAGAUCAGCACUCAAAAUUUGCAUGUAAGGAAUAUAAGAGUGUUGGUAGCACUAGUUCGGCUUCUGUUAAUCAUUUUGAUGAUUUAUAUCAACCUAUAGAGAGUUCAGGCAUUGCUUCAUCUCUUCAGAGUCUUCCACCAGGAAUAACAGUGGACAGUUUAGCUCUCUUGCAAUGUGGAGAGAACACAUCUCCAGUUUUGGGUGCUGUUCUGAAGAGUAAAAGCACAGAGUUUGCAAAGCAUGGAGAAAAAGAAAUGCUAGAAGUAGGCAGUGGCCUUCCUGCUUUAGGUAGGGGGGUUGCUUCCUGGGAAAACAGGCAUAAUAAUGGGCUCUCUGGGAAAUGUCUGCAUGAGGCUCAAGAAGAAGGGAAUAGCAUAUUGCCUGAUAAAAGAGGAAGACCAGAAAUCUCUAUAGAUGAAGAAGGAGGUAGAGGACAUGAACACACUUCUGAUGAUUCAGAAGUUGUAUUUUCUUCUUGUGAGUUGAAUUUAACCACGGAAGACAGCGAGUAUAUGACAUACACCUUAAAGUGUGACAGUAGUGGUCAUGCCUCAGAGAUCGUGUCUACUGUUCACGAAGAGUAUUCUGGUUCCUCUGAAAGUUCAAGUGAUGAAAGCGAUUCGGAAGAGACAGAUUCUGACGACAGCAGUAUUCCCAGGAACCGUCUUCAGUCGGUGGUGGUUGUGCCAAAGAAUUCGACUUUGCCCAUGGAAGAAGCAAGUCCGUGUUCUUCUCGGAGCAGUCACAGUUACAGACACUAUUCUGACCACUGGGAAGAUGAGAGAUUGGAGCCAAGGAGGCAUUCAUAUGAGGAAAAAUUUGAGAGCAUAGCAAGUAAAGCCUGUCCUCAAACGGAGAAGUUCUUCCUUCAUAAAGGAACAGAGAAGAGUCCAGAAAUGUGUUUCGCACAGAUGAGCAGAAAGCAGAUAGACAACCACCUGACUGAAGUUGCUCACCCUCAGAGUGACGGAGUUGAUAGUACAAGUCAUUCUGAUGUAAAGUCGGACCCUGGAGGUCACCCAGGUUUUGAAGAAACACUGAGAGCCAAAAUAGCUUCCAGGCAAGAGGAGUUGCCACUUUAUUCUUCUGAUGAUUUUGAAGAUGUUCAAAAUAAGUGUUGGCAACAGACCCCUUUCCCUGAUAGGCCAGAUAGUAGACUGGGAAGAACAGAAUUGAAUUUCUCUUCCUCUUACGAGAUCUCCCGAGUGGAUGGCUUCCAUUCAUCGGAAGAGCUCAGAAACAUGGGCUGGGACUUCUCUCCACAAGAAAAGCCGACGACCACGUACCAGCAGCCUGACAGCAGCUAUGGAGGCCGUGCUGGACACAAGUAUCAGCAGGGCACAGAGCCCUAUGCUGGGACACGGAGUUCCUGGCAAGGCAAUGGCUACUGGGAUCCCAGGUCAGCAGGUAGACCUCCUGGAACUGGGGUUGUGUAUGAUCGAGUUCAAGGUCAGGUACCAGAUUCCUUAACAGAUGAUCGUGAAGAGGAAGAGAAUUGGGACCCUCGGGUAGGAUCACAGUUUUCAAGCCAGUCCGGUAAAUUUUGUGUAUCCCUUCAGCAGGACAAGGGGUCAGUGCAAGCACCUGAAAUAAGCAGCAAUUCCAUUAAGGACUCAUUAGUCAUAAAUGACAAGAAAGCUCUUUCAAAAAACUUAGAAAAAAAUGAUAUGAAAGAUAGAGGGCCUCCUAAAAAAAGGAGGCAGGAAUUGGAGAGUGAUUCUGAAAGUGAUGGUGAGCUUCAGGACAGAAAGAAGGUGCGAGUGGAGGCACAGCUGUGCGAGACGGCAGCGCCCCCAGGCUCCGCGCUGGCCGGGCCUUCCUGUGUCAUGGAGGACUUCAGAGACCCCCAGCGAUGGAAGGAAUGCGCCAAGCAGGGGAAGAUGCCUUGUUACUUUGAUCUGAUUGAAGAAAAUGUUUAUUUAACAGAAAGGAAGAAGAGCAAGUCCCACCGGGACAUCAAGCGGAUGCAGUGCGAGUGUGCGCCGCUCUCUAAAGAGGAGAGGGCCCAGGGCGAGGCGGCCUGUGGGGAAGACUGCCUCAACCGCCUCCUCAUGAUCGAAUGUUCCUCUCGGUGUCCAAAUGGGGAUUACUGUUCCAAUAGACGAUUUCAGAGGAAACAGCAUGCGGAUGUGGAAGUCAUACUCACAGAGAAGAAAGGCUGGGGCUUGAGAGCUGCCAAAGACCUUCCUUCGAACACCUUUGUCCUGGAGUACUGUGGGGAGGUGCUUGACCACAAAGAGUUUAAAGCCCGGGUGAAGGAGUACGCACGGAACAAGAACAUCCACUACUACUUCAUGGCCCUGAAGAACGACGAGAUAAUAGAUGCCACUCAGAAAGGAAAUUGCUCUCGUUUUAUGAAUCAUAGCUGUGAGCCAAACUGUGAGACUCAAAAAUGGACUGUGAACGGACAGCUGAGGGUUGGGUUUUUUACCACCAAACUGGUUCCUUCAGGCUCAGAGUUGACAUUUGACUACCAGUUCCAGAGAUAUGGAAAAGAAGCGCAGAAAUGUUUCUGUGGGUCAGCUAAUUGCCGGGGUUACCUGGGAGGAGAGAACAGAGUCAGCAUUCGAGCAGCAGGAGGGAAAAUGAAGAAGGAACGAUCCCGUAAGAAAGAUUCAGUGGAUGGAGAGCUAGAAGCGCUGAUGGAGAACGGGGAGGGUCUCUCUGAUAAAAACCAGGUGCUCAGCUUAUCCCGGCUAAUGGUUAGAAUUGAAACUUUGGAACAGAAACUUACCUGUCUCAAGCUCAUCCAGAACACUCACUCCCAGUCUCGUCUGAAGUCCUUUCUGGAGCGCCAUGGGCUGUCUUUGCUGUGGAUCUGGAUGGCGGAGCUGGGGGACGGCCGGGAAAGCAACCGGAAGCUUCAGGAGGAGAUUAUAAAGACUUUGGAACACUUACCUAUUCCUACAAAAAAUAUGUUGGAAGAAAGCAAAGUACUUCCAAUUAUUCAACGUUGGUCUCAGACCAAGACUGCUGUUCCUCAGUUGAGUGAAGGAGAUGGGUAUUCUAGUGAGAACACGUCACGGGCUCACACACCGCUCAACACACCUGAUCCUUCCACCAAGCUGAGCACCGAAGCUGACACAGACACCCCCAAGAAGCUCAUGUUUCGCAGACUUAAAAUUAUAAGUGAGAAUAGCAUGGACAGUGCCAUCUCUGAUGCCACCAGCGAGCUAGAAGGCAAAGAUGGCAAAGAGGACCUUGACCAGUUAGAAACCAUCCCUGUAGAAGAAGAGGAUGAGUUACAGUCACAGCAGCUACUCACACAACAGCUGCCUGAGUCUAAAGUUGAUGGUGAAAUUGCUGGGGAGGCCAGUAAGCUACCCACCCCUGAACCGGAGGCUGAUGUCGAAGUAGAGCCGAAAGAGAGCAACAGCGCGAAGCUAGAAGAGCAUGUUGCUGGGGAAACGCCGUCCCAAGAUGAAGAGGAGGGCGUGUCUGAUGUGGAGAGUGAGAGGAGCCAGGAGCCACCAGAUAAAACCGUGGAUAUCAGCGAUUUGGCCACCAAGCUCCUGGAUAGUUGGAAAGACCUAAAGGAGGUCUAUCGAAUUCCAAAGAAAAGUCAGACGGAAAAGGAGAGCACAGUAACUGAGCGAGGAAGGGAUGCUGCUGUCUUCAGAGAUCAAACCACUGCCCCAAAGACUCCUAACCGGUCAAGAGAGAGAGACACAGACAAGCAAACUCAAAGUAAAGAGAAAAGGAAACGAAGGGGCUCCCUCUCACCGCCCUCCUCUGCCUAUGAGCGAGGGACAAAAAGGCCAGAUGACAGAUAUGAUACACCAACUUCUAAAAAGAAAGUACGAAAAGACCGCAAUAAACUUUCUACGGAGGAGCGUCGGAAGUUGUUUGAGCAAGAGGUGGCUCAGCGGGAGGCUCAGAAACAGCAGCAGCAGAUGCAGAACCUGGGAAUAGCAUCUCCACUGCCCUACGACUCUCUUGGCUACAGUGCCCCUCAUCACCCCUUUGCCGGCUACCCACCAGGGUACCCCAUGCAGGCCUAUGUGGACCCCAGCAACCCCAAUGCUGGGAAGGUGCUCCUCCCCACCCCCAGCCUGGACCCUGUGUGCUCUCCUGCUCCUUACGACCAUUCUCAGCCCUUGGUGGGACAUUCUACAGAGCCCCUGGCUGCCCCUCCACCUGUGCCAGUGGUGCCACAUGUGACAGCCCCUGUGGAAGUGUCCAGUUCACAGUAUGUGGCCCAAAGUGAAGGUGUGGUGCACCAAGACUCCAGCGUCACCGUCUUGCCUGUGCCGGCCACGGGCCCAGUCCAGGGACAGAACUACGGUGUUUGGGAUUCCAGCCAACAGCCCGUCAGUGUGCAGCAGCCGUACUCGACACCCGCACAGUCGCAGCCAAGCAUCUAUUACCAAGGACAGACGUGUCCAACCGUCUAUGGUGUGACAUCACCCUAUUCACAGACAACGCCACCGAUUGUACAGAGUUAUGCCCAGCCGAGUCUGCAGUACCUCCAGGGGCAGCAGCUCUUCUCAGCUCCAGGAGUGGUGGUCCAGCCAGCCGCCGCUGUGACGACGGUCGUGGCACCAGGGCAGCCUCCGCCCUUACAGCCACCUGAAAUGGUUGUGACAAAUAAUCUCCUGGACCUGCCGCCUCCCUCUCCUCCAAAACCAAAAACCAUCGUCUUGCCUCCCAACUGGAAGACGGCCCGCGACCCUGAGGGGAAGAUUUAUUACUACCACGUCAUCACCAGGCAGACUCAGUGGGACCCUCCCACGUGGGAAAGCCCAGGAGACGAGGCCAGCCUUGAGCAUGAAGCUGAGAUGGACCUGGGAACCCCAACAUACGAUGAAAACCCCAUGAAGGCCUCAAAAAAGCCCAAGACUGCAGAGGCAGACACCUCCAGCGAGCUGGCCAAGAAAAGCAAGGAAGUGUUCAGAAAAGAGAUGUCCCAGUUCAUCGUCCAGUGCCUGAACCCUUACCGGAAACCAGACUGCAGAGCGGGAAGGAUCACCACCACGGAAGACUUCAAGCACCUCGCUCGGAAGCUGACUCACGGCGUCAUGAACAAGGAGCUGAAGUACUGCAAGAACCCGGAGGACCUGGAGUGCAACGAGAACGUGAAGCACAAGACCAAGGAGUACAUCAAGAAGUACAUGCAGAAGUUCGGGGCUGUUUACAAACCCAAAGAGGACACGGAACUGGAGUGACUGGGCCCGGGCUGGGGUUGAGCAGGCCGGACAGACUCGGCGAGGAGCCUGCGGCCUCCCUGCCCGCCUCCGCCACACCGUGCUCCUGUUGCCCCUCACUGGGACCACCUGCAGGGCCCUGGGAGCCCAGAAACCAGCUCAGUCUCCAGCAGGCAGUCCCUGGCCGUGAGCUGUUGGGGGGAGGUUAGAGGCCAUCAGAGGCCAGGGCCCAGGGAGACGCUUCCCUCGGACCCUGGCCAGGCCUGACCCCUCUCACACCUGGGUCUCCUCCUUGGCGGUGCUGUCGGCGCACGGACCAUGCGCAUCCCCACCCACCACCUCUACCCUGACGACCUGUAUUAUAUUUUAAUGUAUAUGUGAAUAUAUUGAAAAUAAUCUGUUUGUUUUUUUCUGGGUUUUGUUUGUUUUUUGUUUUGCUUUUAGCCUUUACAUGCUAGGAUCACAGGAAGACUUUGUAAGGACGGUUGAAGUUCUCCUGCAAGGUUUAAUUUGUUAUCAUGUAAAUAUUCCAGAGCAGGCUGCCUUGUGGUUUCGGCCAGCCUUGUGCUAUGUUGAUAAGAUUGAUUUACUGCUUAAAAUCACUUUACUUUAUCCAAUUUUUACUGAACUUUUUAUGUAAAAAAUAAAAUUAAUUAAAGAA